AUGCCUGCCUGUGAAUCCUACUACCCUGCUGAACCAAAACAACCUGUUAUAAAGACCAAAACAAUUCCAGGUCCAGAAUGUAACAAAGAAUUAGAAAAAUUAGAUAAGGUCUUCGAUUCAAGACCUGCUUAUUUUGUUGCUGAUUAUGAAAAAUCUUUGGGUAAUUACAUUGUUGAUGUUGACGGUAACACAUACUUGGAUUUAUACGCACAAAUUGCCUCAAUUGCACUAGGUUACAACAAUCCAGAGUUGAUUAAGGCAGCACAGAGCCCAACAAUGAUUCGUGCCUUAGUUGACCGUCCAGCUUUAGGUAACUUCCCCUCAAAGGAGAUUACUCCAUUAUUAAAUGAUCUUCUUAAAUUUGCUCCAAAGGGCCAGGAUCAUGUCUGGUCUGGACUAUCAGGUGCUGACGCAAACGAAUUGGCCUUUAAGGCAGCUUUCAUUUAUUAUCGUUUCAAGCAAAGAAAUGGUAAGGAUUUUACCGCCGAGGAGCUGGAAAGUGUCAUGGAUAAUUCACCACCGGGAUCUCCGGAAUUAUCUGUCCUUUCAUUUAAGAGGGCAUUCCAUGGUAGAUUAUUUGCCUCCGGAUCUGUCACUUGCUCCAAACCGAUCCAUAAAUUGGAUGUUCCAGCCUUCCGCUGGCCUCAUGCUGAAUUCCCAUCAUACAAAUAUCCAUUAGAUGAUGAAGCAAAUUCUAAAGUUAAUAAGGAAGAAGAUGAUCGUUGCUUAAAGAUCGCUGAAGAUUUAAUCAAAACCUGGCCAAUCAAAGUGGCAGCUUUAAUUAUCGAACCCAUUCAAUCAGAAGGUGGUGAUAAUCAUGCUUCCAAAUAUUUCUUACAAAGCCUCAGAACUUUGACUUUGAAAUAUAAUAUUGUUUAUAUUAUUGACGAGGUUCAAACUGGUGUUGGAGCUACAGGGAAAUUCUGGUGUCACGAAUAUGCCGAUAUCCAACCACCAGUGGAUCUAGUCACAUUCUCUAAGAAAUUUCAAACAGCAGGAUAUUUCUUCCAUGAUCCAGCUUUUAUUCCAAGUAAACCAUACAGACAAUUUAAUACCUGGUGUGGUGACUCAGCUAGAAUUCUUAUUGCCAAUACAAUUGGUGGUGAAAUUGUCAAGAACGAUUUAUUAGAGCAAUGUUCCAGAGUUGGGAACUAUUUAUUCAAAAAAUUGGAAAAUUUACAAGCCAAGAACCCAACUUUGUUCCAAAACCUAAGAGGAAAAGGAAGAGGAACAUUUAUCGCAUGGGAUUUACCAACUGGAGAAAUAAGAGAUUUGCUAUUGAAGAAAUUGAGACUAAACGGUUGCAAUGUUGGGGGUUGCGCAGUCACGGCAGUUAGAUUGAGACCAACAUUAACUUUUGAGGAAAAACAUGCCGAUAUUUUUAUUGAAGCCUUGACCAAGUCCAUAGCUGAGUUAUAA